UUAUUGUGAAAGUGACACGACGACAGCAUACUUCGAUUUGUUUUUUGUUUUAUUUUAACCUAAUUCGAACCAUGCCCAGCGCUAUAGACGAACUACAGGCUAUGAUAGCCGAGCUAAAGGCUGAGCUGGAGGACCAGAAGACCACCAAUCGCCAUGCACGCGACCGUAUCGAGCGCAUGUCCGCCGAGGUGGUGGACUCCAAUCCCUACAGCCGCCUUAUGGCACUGCAACGCAUGAAUAUUGUGAAGGACUACGAACGCAUACGUGACAAAGCAGUAGCCAUUGUAGGCGUGGGUGGUGUGGGCAGUGUCACUGCGGAUAUGCUUACAAGGUGUGGCGUAGGCAAACUGAUCUUGUUCGACUAUGAUAAGGUGGAGCUGGCGAACAUGAAUCGCUUGUUCUUCACACCGGACCAGGCUGGCCUAUCAAAAGUGGAGGCAGCGGCGCGUACGCUGUCCUUCAUCAAUCCGGAUGUAAGGAUUGAAACCCACAACUACAACAUUACCACCGUAGAUAACUUUGACAAGUUUCUCACCACCAUUACGGAGAGCGGCAUACAAGCUGGCCAGCCCGUAGAUCUGGUGCUCAGCUGCGUGGACAACUUUGAGGCGCGCAUGACCAUUAACGCCGCCUGCAAUGAGAAGAAUCUCUUCUGGUUCGAAUCGGGUGUGUCUGAGAACGCCGUCUCGGGCCACAUACAGUUUAUACGGCCCGGCGAUACAGCGUGCUUUGCCUGCGCACCACCACUGGUGGUGGCUGAAAACAUUGACGAGCGUACGCUAAAACGUGAGGGUGUAUGCGCUGCUUCGCUACCCACAACCAUGGGUAUUACAGCAGGACUGCUAGUGCAGAAUGCGCUCAAGUAUUUGCUAAAUUUUGGAGAGGUCUCUGACUACCUGGGAUACAAUGCGCUCAACGAUUUCUUUCCAAAAAUGACACUCAGGCCCAACACGCAGUGUGACGACCGCCACUGUCUGCUGCGUCAACAGGAAUUCCAAGCGCGACCCAAGCCAGUAGUAGAACAAAAGGAAGAAGUAAGUGAUGAGCCGGUGCAUGCUAGUAAUGACUGGGGCAUUGAACUAGUGUCAGAAGAUGCGCCAGCUACAGAAAGCACGAGUAAAGCGACAGACAGCACACAGGUGACGGCUGGCUUGCGAUUGGCAUAUGAGGCGCCAGAGAAAGAAACGACGCAAGCAACACCACAAGCAGCUGCGGGCGAAGCUGCAGCCGAAGUAAGCCUGGAAGACCUGAUGGCACAAAUGAAGUCCAUGUAAACGAAUUCCAUACUCUGUUAUUUAUAGAAUUGUAUUUGUAUUUAGCAUUUU